AUGGUGGAGGACCUGAUGAGUUUCUACACUGGUGACAAGCCUGGCCAAACACCCGGUCUACUUCCUCAGCCAUACUACUGGUGGGAGGGCGGCGCAUUCUUUGGCGCUAUGAUAGACUACUGGUAUUAUACCGGAGACGCGACGUACAACAAGGUGACGGAAGACGCCUUGCUCUUCCAGGUCGGCCCAUUCAAUGACUACAUGCCGCCCAAUCAGACACUUACAGAGGGCAAUGAUGACCAAGGAUUCUGGGGGAUGGCUGCCAUGACCGCGGCUGAGUACAACUUCCCAAACCCUUCGCCGGACAAGCCGCAAUGGCUAGCACUGGCGCAAGCCGUCUUCAACACACAGGCCGCCAGAUGGGACGCUCAAAACUGCAAUGGGGGCCUACGUUGGCAGAUCUUUCAAUGGAACAAUGGUUUCAACUAUAAGAACUCGAUCUCGCAGGCAUGUUUCUUCAACAUUGCAGCACGGCUCGCCCUAUACACUGGUAACAGCACGUACGCCGGCUGGGCUGUCAAGACUUGGGAUUGGAUGGUAAAUGUGAACUUCAUGCAAAUGUCGGACAGCGGUGCUUAUUACGUCUACGACGGUGCCCACACCGAUGACAACUGCACGACUAUUGUUAAGUAUCAGUUUUCCUACAACCCGAGCGCCUUUUUGUUGGGCGCCGCCGCCAUGUAUGCCUAUACCGACGGCCUGAAGCAGUCAAGUGAGAGCGACCUUUGGCGCGAUCGAGUUGAUGGACUUCUCAACGGCACGGACAUUUUUUUCUACAGCGAUGAUGGCGGUCCCAAGGUCAUGUUCGAGGUUGCAUGCGAGGGUGUUGGACUAUGUGAUGUUGACCAGCAGUCGUUUAAGGCAUAUCUGAGCAGAUGGAUGGCAGCAACAACGAAGUGGGCACCCUGGACGUACAACACAAUCAAGCCUCUUAUGGAGAGCUCGGCAGCCGCGGCGGCGAAACAGUGUACUGGAGGUAGCAACGGUCGUAUGUGUGGAUUGAAGUGGGCGAACAAUUCCGGCAACUGGGAUGGGACCAUCGGGGUGGGCCAGCAGAUGGCAGCCAUGGAAAUUGUGCUUGCCAACAUGAUCCAAAAAGCUGAAGCGCCUGUCACGAACAGCACCGGUGGAACAAGCGUAGGUGACCCGAGCGGAGGCGGUUCGGAUAUUGGACGAACUGAUCCUAUGGGAUCCAUCGUCUUCGCCCCCAUCACUUCUAGAGACCAGGCGGGCGCCAUCAUUUUGACCAUACUCGUUCUUGGCGCUCUAUUGUCUGCUAUCGCUAUUAUGAUGAUGGAUGAGACGAAGCCAAUACGUGAGAACUGGGAUAGUAUCAAGGCAUCGCUGUCUGUAGGAGCUGGAGCUGGU